AUCACUAGUGGGGGAGUGACUUUAACGCGCCAUCAAAAAGUAGGAUUAGCUGGUUUCUGCAUAUUUAUUCUUGGCAUUCUCGUUCAAAAUAUUAUUUUUCCAUCUAUACUUGAAUUGAAAGUUCAACAGGAAAUGGCAUUGAAAAAGGACUCGUUUAGAAGAGAAUACUGGAGCCGGUUACCAUUUCCCUUUGAAUUACGCGUUUAUAUUUUCAAUGUUACAAAUCCUGAUGAUAUUGCUAAGGGUGGUAAACCAAUUUUGAAUGAAGUUGGACCUUUUAUUUAUGAUAUCUUACAUGAAAAAAUAAAUCAAGAAGACGACGAAGAGAACGAUACAGUGUCUUACACAGUAAAUAAUACUUAUUAUUUCAACAUUGAAAAAAGCAAUAAUCUUUCCGAUAACAUGGAGCUGACCCUCGUUGAUUUACUCACAUUUGGAACAGCCAACGCGAUCAUGAAAAGUUCUCCUGCUCUCAUUUCUUUGGCAGCGAAAGCAGUUGACAUCAUUGGGAACAAUCCACAAAAUCUGUUUGAAAAACAGACAGCAAAGACACUGCUGUUUGAUGGCCACUCAUACUCUUGUGAAGGAGUAACCGAACCUAUUGGCCUUGCAUGUUGUAAUGAUAUCAAAGUUUCUUAUCAGAAAUAUCGUAUACUAAGAAGAUCGGAAAACGUCUUCGCUUUCUCCAUCUUUGGUGCGGUAAACGAAACAGAUAUUUAUCAUGGAAAAACUUGCAUUCGACGAGGAAUAAGAAACAUUAUGGAAGUCGGUGAUGUUGUAAAACACAAUGGCUUGAAAAAUAUAUCUGUAUGGAAAGAUGACGAAUGCGAUCAAUUUCGUGGCACUGACGGAAUCGCAUUUCACCCAUUUCUCAAUAAAAAGAAGAACAAGUAUUUGUACGUAACAAGUACGUUUUACUGCCGAAAUUUCGUUUACAAGUAUGAAUCCGAUAUUGAAUUUAAUGGACUGAAGCUACUCCGAUACACAACAAGCGUAGGAACUGAUACGGCGACUAAUGAGAAAGACAAAUGUUAUUGCAUAACUCCGGAUCGUUGUCUUAAAGAUGGAGUUUUUGAAAUAUGGAAAUGUUUUACCAACGCUUUUAUACUCUCAAAUCCUCACUUUUACCUGGCUGAUAAAUCUUACGUUGAUGGGGUCGAAGGUGUCAACCCAAAUAAAGAUGCACACAUGAUCAUUCUCGACAUUGAUCCACUUACCGGUCUGGUUAUUCGUUCUCACUUUCGAAUUCAAUACAGCUUAAUAUUAAUGAAUUUGGAAAAAUAUAGACUUAUGAAAGAGGUUCGCGAUGCAUUCUUCCCACUUAUGUGGGCUGAUGAAGUGAUGAUUCUGCCCGACUUUAUUGUCAAGAGAAUUAAACAAAUUCACGCAAUGGUUACUGUUGCUCAAGUGGUUAGUUAUGUGAUGAUGUCGAUAGGAUUGACAAUAUGCGGCUACAUCUUAUAUCGUGCAUAUAAAUCAAGAAGAGAGUAGACAUGAGCGACAAAAGCACUUGAAUUGAUAACCUGUAAGAUAAAAUCUUUCACGUGAAAGCCUUUGAAAUAGCACAUUUCUCUACCAGAACAAAAUACAUAUUAUUGCAAAUGCAACAUUUUUAAUGACAUUUAUUUAAAUAAUUUAUGCAUAUGCUAUA